AAGGGGGACAAAAUGUGGUGGAGGUGGCGGUGGUGGAGUGUCGUGACUACGGCGACGACGAUGCUAGUCUUGGUAGCCGCAUACUCGCCGCCUGUGGAACUAUCCGAUCUGGAUAAGCCAAUACCAAUCGUUGCCAUUGACGGUGUAAUCGGAAACAAGGUGCAGCUCCCUUGUGACAUUCGUUCCAUCAAUAACGACGAAAUCAGCAUGGUGCUUUGGUACAAAGAAGGCAGAGACGAACCGAUUUACAGCUUCGACGUUCGCGGUCGCCGGCAAUACAGUAACGCCCGUCUUUGGUCGUCGCCCUCGGCAUUGGGACCAAGAGCUUUUUUUGUUACGGCGACGAAUCCAGCUCACCUCAGCAUUGAUCGGCUGGAGAGCACUGAUGAGGGGAUCUAUCGGUGCCGGGUGGACUUCAGAAACUCGCCGACACGGAAACAAAGGAUGAACUUAACCGUUAUAGUGCCUCCAUCGAAGCCUGUAAUAUUGGAUGGAGCGACGAAGGCUAUUUGGGGCCUCGAGGAGCGGUACAACGAGGGGAGCGACGUGAACUUGAUUUGCGAGGUUCGUGGUGGCAAGCCGCCCCCAAAGCUGACGUGGUAUCUCGACAAUACCGUGAUAGACGAGUCCUAUCACUACGAUACCCAGGGCAGGUUAACGGUUAACCACUUGGCGUAUCCGAAAAUUGGGCGACAACACCUCCAGGCGAGGCUGAUAUGUCAGGCCAGCAAUACGAACUUGGUGCCACCACAAACCAGAUUGCUCGUCCUCGAAAUGAAUCUAAAACCAUUGGUAGUUCAAAUCCUGACGAAACAAAAAUUUAUCUUAAUACUUUUAUUACAAAACGAUUAUCCGAUUCAGAACAAUCAGAGUUUGAGCAUCCUCAGUUUCAUACCAACUAUAGAGGACGAUGGUAAAUAUUUGACAUGCCGCGCGGAAAAUCCUGCUAUACCAGACAGCGCGUUGGAGGACAAGUGGCGGCUUGACGUACAAUACCAACCGGUGGUCAGCUUAAGAAUGGGCGAAACGCUGAAUCCGGAUGACAUCAAAGAGGGCGACGACGUGUACUUUGAGUGUAUAGUGCGGGCAAACCCGAAGGUGUACAAGCUCGCCUGGUUCAAAGAUGGCAAAGAAUUGAAGAAUAAUUCUACAGCAGGUGUAGUUCUUAGCGACCACUCUUUGGUACUCCAAGGAUUGACUCGUUACUCUGCCGGCGCUUACACUUGUCUUGCCGCAAACAGCGAGGGGAAAACGGCCAGUAAUCCGGUGUCUCUCCAGAUAAUGUAUGCGCCGGUGUGCAAGGAGGGCAAGAGCGAGGUGGUGGUUGGCGCUUUGAAACAAGAGACGGUGUCGUUAGUGUGUUCCGUGGAGAGCCAUCCGGCGCCAUUGACUUUCCAUUGGACAUUCAAUAAUUCCGGCGAACUCGUCGAGGUUCCACAUUCACGUUACUCCCACGUAUCGGCGCCCGGCACACCAGACGGGCAGAAAGAGUACCAGCAGUUUCGUGGAUUCAGACUGAACUACACACCAGCUACGGAAAUGGAUUACGGUACGGUGGCAUGCUGGGCGAGCAACCAGGUUGGCAAGCAACGAACACCUUGCCUUUUUCAGGUUAUAGCCGCGGGCCGACCAUACGCUCUUCACAAUUGCAGUGCUACGGAAAUGUCAGCGCCUCUGGAUAUGGAGGAGCUUGGUACGAAGUCGGGAACAGGGCUGCUAGUUCGAUGCCUGGAGGGCUACGAUGGAGGUCUUCCGAUACACAGUUAUCAGCUGGAAGUCGUAUCUGAUGAGGACGGAAGUCCGAUUCUUUUAAAUAAAACCGUGCCGGCAGGUCCCAAUGGACCGACUUUCGAAGUCGCAGGACUAACAACGGGAAAAAGUUAUCGACUUUUCCUAUACGCGAUUAAUGCGAAGGGGAGAAGCGAACCUGCCAUACUUGAGCCGGUAACCCUGAAGGGUGUUGCUAUGUACACGACUGGCAACACCGAUGCAUCGAUGCUGAAUCCGUUGUUGCUGGGCUUGGCAGCCAUGGCGACCCUUUUGGCCCUGGCCGUUGCUGGAAUUCUAGCGGCGCUCUACCGGAAGCACUCCACCGGCCGACCCGGAAGUCCAAAGCACGCUCCCAUCGUAUGCGAGCCGCCUAAUGCAGGUGCAACCACCCCGGUGCACCCUCAGACCAAGCAGGCGGUCGAUGACAUCGAUCCGGACAUCAUACCCAACGAGUAUGAAAGAAGACCCCUAACAUAUACCCCCGUCUAUAAGACACCGCCACAACGAAGAAAGAAAGAUCGCGCCAGCGAUGAAGACGCCUCGCCGGAGAAAAGGCCGAUCGUACAGCACGGUCUGGACCUGCCUCCGGAUCCGAUGUUGACUGACUGCCUGCCAACGCCUACCAUAAAUUAUCCGCAAAAUCACGUGUCUCAACAAAGCGCUUACAAUCAUCCGCCCACGAUGGCUGAUUUUAAGCAGAUGGCGAUGGACGCCUACAAUCAGCGUAACAACCAAAACAUAUAUUAUAGCCUUCAGAGGACGAGCAAAGGACUCUCGUCGAUGCCACAGAGGCCCGUUUCAUCGUCGAUCUCCGCGCAAGGCAAAUUCCAUCAACCUGAAGUGGUGACACGCUCGAAUCGGAUACAGGAGAGCUGUAUAUAAGUUCGAAGGGUAUCCCUGCGGGAUCAACCUCGUGAGCUUCUAAGACGCCGCCGGCGAUUAUAUUUACACGUGUAAAUGUAACGAGUACGGGCGGAGAGCAGCGUAGAGAUCCGUGGAUCCCCGAAACGCGAGCACGAAGUCUAACGCGGUAUCUUCCCAUAGUUGGUACACGAGUUUCGAACCACUCCGCGAAACACACUUAACGUUUACUGUACAAAACCAUAGAGAGGCUGAUGAUGUGUUUCAGAUCGUAUUGAUGGGAACGCGAUCUCUCCUCGAGAUUACGUUGCCGAUGCCGCCGGGGACGGCGCUACAUUUUCAUAUAUAAUUUUACGGGGAAGACGAGGUGAAAUGACAUUAGCAAGUUAGAGAGGUACCCGUACAUGUCCAAAAAUAUUUCUUUACUGCCAUACUGAGGUAUAAACGGUAUAUCGUAAUGUACAAAGAGUCUAACCCCUAAAAGUAGUUAAUGUCAAUAACGAGGGAGAUGAGGCUGGGUCAAAGCGAGCUAAAGAAAAUUUUAAUAGCGCUUUAUACUUUAUUCAUAUACUUCCAGUUUUCAAGUCGCGCAUAAAAUGACGUCUUUAUAUAUAGAUCUUGACAUAUUAAUUCUUUUGAAACUUUUACAAUCUAUUAAAAUUACUUUCAAGUAGAUGCCCUUACAACAAUUGUAAGGUAAUACGAUCGAGAAUAUUAUUUUUUCGAUCAAAGCUCAUUCUCCAGCCUUAUCCUCAAAAUACUAACGAUAUUAAUGUGAUCGUAUUCGAAGCUCAUCACUGCUCAUGUUUUUCGUACGCAAAAUUUUUAUAACAACUCAGACAGAAAAUAAAUUCGUUCAAAAGACUUCGCCGAACUCGAGAGAAUCUCUUAAGGAGCGAUGUCUUCGUUCCCGAUCACUGAUGCGGCACAUGAACGUGGAUUUUACUGUUUAUAUGGAACUAGUUUUUGUACAAAGAUCUAUUGUAAAUAGACACGAGCCUGGCCCUAGAAUUAUAGUCACUAAUGUCCGAAUUUCAUCCGUUACACAUCCGUUAAGUCAAGAGAUGUCCGAUCGCGUAAGAUAAAACUCGAUGGCAUACGAAUACGAAUAAAGAGA